AUGUUAUACAUUCUUAUUUAUUAUAAUCAAUACCAACAACAACAACAACAACAACAACAACAACAACAACAACAACAACAACAACAACAACAACAACAACAACAACAACAACAACAACAACAACAACAACAACAACAACAACAACAACAACAAUCAUCAUCACCACAAUCAUUAUCAUCACCACAAUCGUUAUCAUCAUCACCUUGUUGGUAUUGA